AUGAUGUUCAAGGCCAACGCCGCCGCCCUGUGCCUGGCAGCUUCGCUGUCUGCCGUCUCGGCUCAGACCUUCCAGAGACUCGGCACAUGCCCCGAUCUCGGCUGCGUGCUGCCCCCCGACCAGCAGGACUUCCUCCCCGGCCAGGAGUUCGACAUCCGCUUCGAGAUCCACGCGCCCAAGAACGGCUCCGAGGCCUUCAACGACGGCGUGCCGGACGAGAAGUUCACCGCCACCAUUGCUAAGGAUGGCCAGAAGGCUAAGAGCAUCGCCGACUUCUUCAAGCACAGCGAGCCCGAGCUGGAGAAAUGGACCUUCUCCUGGUUCGAGGACCUGUUCGCCGAGGACGCUAACACCCCCUCGGUCGUCAACGUCGCGUCCAAGGCCUACCGCCGUGUCGCCCUGUACGAGCCGGGCGAAUACACCGUCACCCUCAAGUACUACGAUGGCAAGACGACGACCGCCAAGUGGACUGUCCGUCCCCUGGCCAUGAAGAAGAAGGCCAAGAACGUCAUCUUCUUCAUCGGUGAUGGUAUGACCACCAACAUGAUCACCGCCGCCCGCCUGCUGGCCCACAAGACCGUCAACGGUCGGUACCAGUCCCUGCUUGCCCUCGACAAGUUCCCUGUCCUGGGUCACCAGAUGUCUCACUCGAUCGACACCUACAUCACUGACAGCGCCAACUCGGCUUCGGCCCUGUACACCGGCCACAAGAGCUCCGUGAACGCCAUGGGUGUUUAUGCCGACUCGUCGCCCGACCCGCAGGACGACCCCAAGGUCGAGACCAUUGUCGAGCUUCUGUUCCGUAUCUGGGGUUCCGCCUGGGGCGCCGUCUCGACUGCUUUCAUCGCCGAUGCUACUCCGAUCGCGCUCAGCGGCCACACCCGCCGCCGUGGUGAGUACGGCAUUCUGAUUGACCAGGCGCUCAACGGCGUCAGCAACUACUCGUGGACCAAGACCAACGGCCCCGACGCCUACUUUGGCGGUGGCGCCGAGCAGUUCAUUCCCGGCUCCGGCUCGCUGAACGGCAAGGACUACUACGCCGAGUUCGCCAAGAAGGGCUACUCGGUCAGCUGGAACAAGACGGCCCUGCUGGCGGCCCCUAACGAUCAGAAGGCGUUGGGCAUUUUCUGCAGGAGUAACCUUCCUGUAUGGCUUGACCGCAACAUCUACACUGAUAACUUGGCCUCGCUCAAGAACAACCCGUCCGGCGGCGAGGGCCCCGCCACCGACCUGCCCGGCCAAAAGGAGAUGACGCUCAAGGCCAUCGACAUCCUGCACGAGCGCGGCGGCAAGAAGGGCUUCUUCCUCAUGUCCGAGGCUGCCUCGAUCGACAAGCAGAUGCACGCCCUCGACUACGACCGCGCCCUCGGCGACCUGCUCGAGCUGGACGACACCGUCCGCGCCACCAUUGCGAAGCUGGAGGAGCUCGGUAUCUUGGACGAGACCUUGGUGGUCGUCUCGGCCGACCACGGCCACGGUUUUGACGUCUUUGGCAACUCGGACACUAAGUACGCCGCUGCGCAAGACGACGACCGGUCCAAGCGCAACGCCGUCGGCGUGUACGAGCGGUCGGGCCUGUCGCAGUACACGCAGCCCAAGGAGGGCGUCAGCUACGGCACGGGGGCCAACUUCCCGCUCAACUGGGACCCGCGCUACGUGAUCGCCGCCGGGCUCGGCGCCAACCCGGACCACCGCGAGUCGUACGGCGUGGGCGAGAAGCCGCGCACCCCGGCCGCCGUCGGCGCCGACGGCACGGUCUAUGUUAACAACUCGGACCGCCCCAACGGCUUCGUCGUCAACGGCACCCUGCCCACCGACCAGUCCCAGGGCGUGCACUCGCUCACCGACGUGCCCGUCUACGCCAUGGGCCCCUGCCAGGAGACCUUUGGCGGCACCUACAACAACAUUGACGUCUUCUUCAAGAUUGCGAGCUGCCUGGGCCUGGGCCAGCCGCGUAACAGGACGCAGGAGGACACUGGCUGCAAGAAGCCCAAGUUGUAA